AUGAAUUCAGUUCCAUUUUCUUUCCUCCCUUCAGUUGGCGAUCUAACACCACUGAUCGUCAAUGUUUCCCGCAUCCUAGUCGCCAACAUGGGUGAUACUGAUGGUAAAGACGAGAAGCAUGAAGCACUACCAUCUGGAUCUGCAUUUCGUGACGAUGCAUCUGAAUCCUUUUGUUAUGCAGCGGAAGAUGACGAAGAAACCCAAAUACAUUUGGGUCCCAAAAUUAGCAUCAAAGAACACCUCGAAAAGGAUAAGGUAUCACUGCUGCUUACACAAGCUCGCAGACCAUUUGAUUCAAACAGAAGAAUGAUGUUGCGACCGAUUCAAGAAAAUGGUUGA